UUGUUAGCUCCUAAUAAGAAGCAGGAAAAGAAAGGAGGGAAAGCUGAUGCGGGUAAUGCAACAGAAGCACAUGUUUUGGUGGCUGUUUUGUUGUGUGUUUGUGGUUUUAUUCAACUACACAACAAACAUAGCUAAAAACAUUGUGUCAUAUGUACUUGUUUGUUUGUUUUUAUUUGUUUGAUUCUCAAAUGUUGUCAAUUGGCGUGCUUUCUUUUACAUGUGUUCUGUACUCUUCUUACUCAAACCCCUAGCUACCAAGGGGGUUGGGAGGGUGGGGCGCGGAGGGUACUCUUAUACAUGGAUGAAAAUGACUGGGAUGCUUGUUGUCUCUCACAGGGGUAGAAAAUUCACUUAGGGUAAAUAAAGAUGUCAUGUAAAAAAUAUAGGAAAAAUAGUUCUAGGUUAAAGUAUAGCUACAGUAAUAUGUAGCAACAUGUGAGGUUUUCCAUGUAGGGGUAUGCAGCCACUCGGCCGAUCAUUUCUGAGACUACCUGUCGUCUGGUAGGUUAGGGAAAAAUGACACUGUCACAUUUUAGCAGGGGCAUAAAUGUUGCUGUCCGUUGUGCAUAGAGUUUUGUGAUGCUCAAUUUGGAAUUUACCAAACCUGGAAAGAAUUUAUUGUUGUUAACUUUUCUCGCUCAAGGGUCUGACCAAUUUGAACAAUAUUAUAAUUAGAAAACAUGCCAAAGAAGAAAAAAAAGGUUUGAAAAUAAUGGAAGAAAUUUGUUAUUUUGCUGCUGAAACCGCCAAAAUAGAAAAGUAAACAGAUGUAGCCUUUACUACGUAAGAAAUGGACUGUCACUGUCACAAUAAUACUAUUUCCUCCUUUUCUGUGCAUUGUCAGUGCUUUCUGAGGGGAUUCCUGCCAGUUUUAAGUUUUUUUUUUCCCUAGAGAUAGUAGAUUGCUUAAUAAAAUUAUCUACUAUCAGUCUCUAUCUUUCUGGGUAGUUAUAUUUUGUGCAAAAAGCAUCAUCAUUGGGGAACUUUAAGCUCUAAUAAGCUAAACUCUAACACCCAGAGAAAGGAAUAAUAAUAUUAUUCCUUAAUUCCUUAAUUUUUAACAAAAGUAUCAGAUGUAGUAUGUUUUUUACUGUAGGUCCAACAGUACUGAAUGGUGUUUAUAUUUUUCCAAAUGGGGAUAAAUAUGGUAACUAUACUAAAGCAUGUACAUGUUGUAGUUAAUUUUUUAUUUAGUUAAUUUUUAUUUUUCUAAAUUCAUUAGCAUACAUUACCAUGCCCAAAAAUGAUGGAAAAAUAAAAAUUAACUACAAUGUAUACACUAUUUCAAUGGUGAACAGGUUGAACGUAUAUUUUGCAUUCGUUUACCCUGUGUAAUAAAUUUAAUCAUAUGAUCAUAUGAGAUGUAGAGGAAGCCUAUCAUAUGAAUUGUUUGACAUUAUUGCUAAACAAAGGCGUGACAGGGUGCAGUUGUAUCAACUGACGUGAUACAACUCACUUUGACUCUGAAGAUGACUACCGCACAGGUUGUCGAAACAUCAGUCACUGUCAACAACAACAGUCCUAUUCAGGACUACGUUCACCCAGACGAUCAAACUCAACCUACUUUUGAAUAGUUCUUCUGUACUUUGAAUUUUCCAAAAAUCUCACUUGCCUGUCGAGCAAGUUAAGUUAAGAACAGAAUUCACUAGCCCGAUAGCCAAACCCAUUAGCCCAGGGCUAUUGGACACAACUUUCUUUGCAUGGCACUUGAAAGCCAGCAGAGGGUUUAAUUCAGAAGUUUGAGGGAAAAGUGGCCAACUUAUCUGAGCAAAGUAGCCAAUGUAUCUCAGCAGAUCUUCUGUGUCAUUCAGAUCCUAUUUUAAACUAUACCAUUGCAUGAGUGCUAUAAAUUUGAACUCAACUACCACUUAACUUUUGUACGCUACCAUCUGAAUUAGAGGCAUAGAAUACAGCUUAAUUGGUUAACAUUUUAGUAGGUACCAUAUUUGUGCUACUUACUCACUGCAGAUGGUGAAUACAUCCAAACAGAAGAAGGCUUACAGCGUCAUGGUUAUGGAGUCCAUAUAACUUCUCAAGGGCUUAGUUAUCAUGGACACUGGACUAGAGAUAAAAUGAAUGGCCAAGGUGUGUCAUACAAUAAUUUAUGUUAAUAACUGAAUUUAAAGCACCCCCCCCCCCCCCCCUUCCAUUUUAAACUAACUUUUAAUGCUUUUAUUCUCAGGAAAACUAAUACUUCCUUCUGGGGCAUUAUAUGAGGUAAGAACCAUUUUCCAGUAUUUUGGUUACAUAAUUUUUACUCUUCACAGACAAAAACCCACGUCUUUAGGCGGUCAGUAUAAAACAUGGACUGCGGACUGCGGACCACGGACUGUGGACUGGGUAUAAAAUACGGACUAGGUAUAAAAUGCGGACUCUGGACUGAGUAUAAAACACGGACUAGGUAUAAAAUGCGGACUCUGGACUGAGUAUAAAACACGGACUAGGUAUGAAAUGCGGACUACGGACUACGUAUACAAAAACAGCUUUACAAAGGUAAAACUGAGAGAAAUGGAAAGCGGACUAGCAAAAACAGUAGUCCCAGCUUUAACAUUCCCUUGGCUGUUUAUGUAGUCUAUUCUUCCCACGGAGAAGGAAGGUUAUGCCCGUACUCAAGGCAACUGAAAUUAAACUCUGAAUUUUAUAAAAAGAAGGAGUUAGAAGAGAUUUCAAUUUGCAGUUUUAAAGCAAAAAGAAGCACCAAAUUAAAAAAAUAGUAUUUGUGUUAGUCAGAUCAGUGAAAUUCUUAUCGGAUGCCACAGGAGUAAUAGGCUCCUGGAUGCCACAAUUCCGUUUCAAAUAAAGCCUUGGGAAUAUGAGGACUAAAUGAAGAACUCAGACGAGAAGGUCAAUGUAGGGGCAUUCUGCAAUGCGCAAAAGCAGUAUUUAGGGGGGGAGGGAUUACUCACGUUCGUGAAUAAUAACCGAAAUGAGUCAUCCAACGUUAUAUUCUAAGCAAUGAUUAUGAUGACAUGAUUUACACCCUGCUCCUGAUUCCCGGAGGGGGGUACUACUGGGAAUUCUUGUUGGGGGUUUGGUGCGCAGUUCUCCUAAUCCUGACCUUAUUGCAGACCAAACAAUGUCAUUUUCCACACCCAUUUUCAGACCAGAUCUCUAAAAUCCAUACCCAUUUUCGGACCUGGCCUAAUUUAGCCUGUUCCAGGCUCUCAGAUAGUUGGGGAGGCUCAGUUUUCUCCCGUUUUAUUUUCGUGUUUUCUCUUUCCCAAUUCAGCGGACCCAACUAUCUCGGAGCCUGGAACAGGUUCUAAUUAGGCAGAAAUUAUGUCAUCAUUACCAAGUUAGAGUGGAAAGAAAAAAAUUCCCCAAAUGCAUUUCGAUAUUAGAUAAUAACUGUAACAUUGAUGGUCAUGAAAAUGCUUUGUUAUUUCUCAUAGGGAGAAUUUGUUAAUAACAUGUUUCAUGGAUAUGGAAAAUACACAUGGCCAGAUGGCUCAUUUUAUGAGGGGAACUUCAAUGAGAACAAGUAAGCACAUGCAAUCUUUGUUUCGUUUUUUCAGAACUCGAGUUAUUGAUUAUCAACAUCAUCUAUUUUUGUCCUACACAGACUUGAUGGUCAGGGAACAUUUACUGAUGUCCGCUCACAAGUUUGGUAUGGUAACUUCACACAUAAAGCAGCUCCUGGACUUAAGUUUAAACUGAACAUGUAA